ACCAUUUCUGUGCCAUAAUUAUGGCUGUAAAGGGAGGAGACAAAAGUAGGAGGAGUACUGGAAAAAAAUCCUCCUUUUAUCCAUUGCAGCUUUAUGUAUGCUCAUCGUUUCAUAUCAGAGGCUUCGUAACUGGGACAAGGACUCUAUUCUAGUUUAUUGUGACUUUCUUGCUUGCAUAGAUUGACACUUCUGCUGAUCACCACUAUGACUGUAACCAUGCUGCUCCUGUUUCUGCUGCUGCUCCUGGGUUCUCAAGCUAAUCAUUACUAUGGGACAGUGAUGACUUUCACCCCCAAAGGAAGGACAUAUAAUGGAUCUCUCAUGGUGGUCUUUCACUACAAGCUGAGCUUUCGCUCAUGCACGGAUAAAGACACGUGGAAUUGUGUCAGCAGUGACUGUGGUACUGAAAGUGUGGAGCUGAACAUCGUGGAGGAGGAGGACAAAGAGUGGUGUCAGAGGGAAGGAGUCAUGACUCGGGAGGUCUCCAGCAGUAUAAGUUUCUUUCAGCUACGGUUAGAUGGUGGUGACUGGGUUAAAACCAAAAACAAGGUCGUUAAAUGGAAAGCAGUGACUGAUGUUGACCUGAGGACUCGGCUCGACACACAUCAGCCUAACAAAUCACCUCAGACCACCAUCCUGCCCGUCCUGCGAGUUCCUUCAAAUUGUCAGAGAAACUUCAGCCUGUUGGCCUUUGACCCUGAUGGAGACAAGGUUCAAUGCAGAUAUGGAGACACAGACGCAGAUGAGUGCAAUCCUUGUGCCCCGCCAACUUUUCUGAGCAUCUCACAAGCUUGCACAUUGGCAUUUAAUUCUGUCAUCAGGCUUGAUGAAGGCUCAUACGCAGUACAGCUGGAGAUGGAGGACUUCCCCAAACAGACCAUCAUCGUCCAUCAGUCUGAUGAGCAAACAAGCAUCACUCCCAGAGAUCCUCUCAGCAAAAUACCAAUCAGAUUUACUCUAAUGGUGGACCUCCCUGUGCCGUCCUGCUCAGAAGGAGUCUACCUGCCCAAGUUUCUGCCUCCAACCCCGGCCAACGGGGCUCGCCUGUAUACUAAUGACACUGUAAACAUUACCGUAAUGGCAGAGGCAACCAACGCCAGGAUUUUGAAGCUCAUGUUCAGCGGACCGCAUGAUGUGGUGAAACAUGCUGUUUCACAUGGAGAAUUCAUCCUGUCCUGGACACCAUCUGAGAACGAAGACGGAGAAGAUCGCCCCAUCUGCUUUGUAGUCCAGGCAGAGGAAAACACAGCCAAAUAUCACUCUGAGCUGCGGUGCGUGAUUGUGAGCUUUCGCACAGAACCAAUCAUCACAACACCUGCGCCAACAACUGUCCUGCCUUCAACUACCCCAGAAAGCACGAGCACGCUUCCCUUCAGUGAGGACAGCAGUCGCGUCGCCAAAAUCGCUGGUGGUGUGUGUGGUGCUGCGGGUGUUGCAACGAUCAGCGGCAUUGCAAUCUGGGUUUGGAAGGGAAGUCCUCACAUCUUCUACAAAGUAGUUUAAUGGAUGAAGACAGGGAUCGAGGAAAAGCAGACCCAGCUGUGACAUGUAGAGAAAUUGUGGAAAUGAUAGCACAGAGGCUAAUACAGAUCAUUUGUUUUCUAUGUAAAUAAGUCAAAUUUGUAUAAAUGUAUAUGUUAUGUAAUAUAGCUCAUAACUUCUGCUGACAAAGAAUCAGAGCCUUUCAAAAUCAAGCCUCGGAGCACAUAUUUAAGAGUUUGGCUCCAUCUGGUGGCAGAAUGACAGCAAUGUACAACUUUGUAAAUAAAAGCGUCACAUACUUUCA